AUGGACACCUCCAUACCAACCCGCUUCCUCAUCCUCUCCGACACGCAUGGAAAGAGCCUCUCCCUCCCCACAGAACCCAUAGACGUCCUCAUCCACUGCGGCGACCUAACGGAAGAAUCCCAACUGCACGAAAUGCAAACCACCAUCAACAUGCUCCAUCAAGUAAACGCUCCCCUCAAAUUGGUCAUUCCUGGCAAUCAUGACUUUACCCUCGACACACCCAUGUUCCACRCAAAACUCACAGAAGCAAAACUCUCGACCGAAGACCCCGUGGUGGUGCAAACCUAUGGCCGAGCCGGAGAAGCGCGGGAAUUAUUCGAAAAAAGUCCAGAACUCACUUUCCUGGACGAAGGAACUCAUUCCUUUAUCUUAAUCAACGGUGCGAUGCUGACGGUUUAUGCAAGCCCUUAUACCCCCUCCACAAACGACUGGGCAUUCCAAUAUAAUCCCCAAGAAGACCAUCUUUGGGAUAUUCCCAACGACGUAAAUGUCGUCGUGACGCAUGGUCCCCCACGCGGGAUUUUCGACCAAACGGACACGAACCUUCGAGUGGGAAGUCCCAGUUUAUUCCAAGCUAUUUCACGUAGUCGUCCAAUGAUGCAUUGUUUCGGACACGUGCAUCAUGGUUGGGGAGCGAAACUUGUGAGUUGGAGGGAUGAGGAUGACUUGCAGGGGGAGGUUUCACAUUUUACUGUGAUUGAUAACGAGAGGUCGAGGAUUGUGCAGAGUCUCGCUACGAUUCGGGCGGGGAAAUACGAUUCUGAAGAGAGGAAGCUGGAAAAGRAGAGGUGUUUGGAGGAGUUUACUAGGAGAGGGUAUUGUACUGCUGGAGGUGGAAUUCUAGGACAGACGAUGUUUGUGAAUGCUGCUAUUCAAGGCUGUGAGGAGGAUUAUCCGGAGCAUUUGCCGUGGAUGGUGGAAAAUUGGCCUGCCGAGAUGGAGGGAGGAAGUUGA